AUGGCAUGGCGGCGGUCCAGCGCGCAGGAGCCUCGCUGGUCCAGCACGGACGCGGCGGCGAAGGCGCCCGUGGUGGCGGAGGCCGUCAGCGCGGCGGUCUCGGCGGCAGUCGGCGCGGUGCUCGAGGACCGGGCGAAGGUGGCCGAUGCGCCGAAGGUGCCGGUGCCCAGUCAGGCUUGGUCAGUGGCCAGGCCCAAGCCGAGCUCGGCGCCUUUGAUGGCUCUCUGCGACGACGAUGACGGCAGCGGCGGCUCCGCAGAGCUCUGGGGGCUUGCGGGCGGUGCUCACCGAGGUUCCAAGGCACCGUUCUCCCAGCGUGCAGUGGGCGAGCAGCUCGCUGAGUCGGCUGAGGAGGCUGCGCUCGACGCCGAGGGAACUGCGGGAGCCUCCCUUGGAGUGGCGGGGUGCAGCGCCAACCGCGGGGUGGCAGCCGGCUGUGGCGUGAGUGAGGCGGACAUCUACCUGGUGAAGGACAGCAACUUCGAGGUCAACCGCAUCAAGGCCGUGUCUGUGGAGCACAAGUGCGCGAUGCGGGAGGUCGAGGAGGUUCAGGAGGAGGUGAAGCAGAAUGACAAGCAGGAGCUGGAGCAGCCGCUCGCGGUGGAGGCGACGGAGCUCAGCUACGGCAUCAAGGCUAGCUCAGGCCGCACGGAGUGGCACGACAUGGUCGACAGCGGCGAGGAGGAGGAGGAGCCUCCCGAAGCUGGCGGCUACGAGGAGAUGAUGGAAAACCUGGACUUAGUGGGCCUGCUGCCGCCCGUCCGGAGCUUCCCAGUGCUCGUCUAUGAAUGCGGCAACUUCGAGAAGAAGCUGGAGCCCAUCCCGUGCUUUCCCGUGCUGGACGUCUGGGAGCGGAUCUACAAGGAGAACUUGGAUGCGUUCGUCAAGGCCGAGAAGGCGGAGGUUGAGCGGAGACUUGCGACGGAUUCCGUCGUUGGGGUCCUCGUGGGAAAGGGGCGUCACUUGCAGGAGGAGGAGAUGAGCGGCUUCCUGCAGCAGAAUGUGAUUGCCAAGAUCGACGACAUGGAGAAGGCUCCGGAGACUGACGUGGAGAAGGACCAUGGGCCGAACACCAUGGAUGACCAGAAGGAGAAGUUCUUAGCGCUUGUAGAGCUUGGCCUGGAGCUGAUGCAGAAUGGCGCUAGGGACGACAAGAUCAAAUGGAAGAACGAGGCCAUCUCUUUCCUCGAUUGCGGCUAG